AUGAUUUUAAUGACAAAAGAUUUAAGCAAUUCAUCUCUCUUACAUUGUCGUUUAUUGGAAACAUCACUUGGUUGUUCAAUAACAAUUGAAUAUGAAAAAAUUGAAUGGCAAGAAGAUAUACAAUGUAUUAUUCGAUUUCAUGGACGACAUUGUUUAUCACCUAUAUUUCCUAUUGAAAUAACACGAGAUGAUCGAAUACAAAUGAAUUUUGUAUAUAAAGAUGUUGGCGAAAUUAUAGCAAUUGAAAUUGAAUUAUUAUCGAAUAAAGAUGUAGGAUUAUAUAUUAAAUGGAUAGAAAUUAGUAUUCCAAGAAAAUCAUAUUUACAAAGAUUUGAUGUACAACGUUGGCUUCAUUCGAAUAUGGGUGAUGGACGAACACGAUUAAUUUUAACUCCAAAUCAACUACCAGGUUAUGUACCUAAAAAAAUGAUUGAAAAUAUUGAACCACCAAAACGAGAUAAUGUCAAAUAUAUGUUACUUAUUGAAAUUUCACAAGCAAAAGGAAAUGUUGAUGGAUCAAUGUUAUCUAUCGAUCUUAUCGGAAGAUAUGGUCGAACAUCAGCACAUCGAAUCAAUAUGAAAUAUAAUAAAAUAAUACCAUUAGAAAUUCGUACUCGACCAAAUAAUUUCGAUUUAACUAUGCUCGAUGUUGGUCUAUUACAUGAAUAUCAACUAAAGCUUGAAAAUAAGCAAAAUGAUGGUGCUUAUUUUAUUUCAACAAUAUAUAUCUAUCUUAAUAUUCAACAAUGGAUUGAAAAUGGUCAAACAUUAAAUGGACAUAUUCGACUAUUAGAUAUGCCUAUAACAUCAACAUUAUUCAAUCAAGUUCAAUCAAAAUCAUCAUUUAUUUUAUGGAUAACUUCUUCUGAUUUAAUUACAAAAGAAAUAACAUUACCAAUUGAAUUUAAAUUUAAUUGUCAAAAUACUAUAACAAAUCCCAUAGAAGAAACAAUUACUAUUCGAGCUGAUUUUGUUUCAGUUUUAGCUCUGUCAACAGCUUGUACAAUGCCAUUAAAUUCUAUUACACUUGGAUAUAAUCGAAAAUUAAUCGAUUAUUGUAUAGGAAAAGAAAUUGUUAUUCUUAAUGUUUUUCAAGGUCAACAUUUAUAUUUUCAAUAUGAUAAUGAAUUACCAAAAUCAAUUAAUGAUAUGGAUUUUUAUUCAUUCAUACUUGAAAAAAAUGUUCUCUCAUCAAUAGCACAUCAUUCUAAACAUUAUAUCAUAUCAAUUUUAACAUCAGAAAAUAAUUUAUCAGAAAAACAUACAAUAAAAAUUGUUCUUCGUGGUGAACGAGGUUUAACAACAAUGCUUUCAUUACAUAAUUCAUCAUGGAAUACAAUACCAUUUAAACCAAAACAUAAAGAUAAAUUUUUAUUACUUGCAUCAGAUAUUGGAAAAAUAAUAGGUUUAACGAUGUUUCAUGCAAGUGAAGAAGCAAAAUUCAAUUUUGAUAUUAUUGAAAUAUUUGUACCAGAUACAAAAGCAUGUAUUCGAUUACAAGGAAAAUAUGAAAUAUACAAUGAAAUUAUUGAUUUUAAUUGUCAAGAAUCACAAAUUGUUUAUAUAGUUCAAAUUAAAUCAGGUUUUAGUACAUUAAAUGAAACAGCAGAUAUAAUUUUAACUCUUAUUGGUGAAGAAUCUUCUAUUGAAUGGAUGUUAUUAACAUGUGAUGAUGAUACGAAACCAUUUCGUACUGGACAACUUGAUACAUUUUAUAUUCCAACGAAAAGAUUAGGAAAAAUUCGUGCUGUGAAUAUUAGCUGUUCAAAUGUCAAUAGUAAUUGUAAAUGGUUUUGUGAAAUGAUCUAUGUUCAUGAUACGGUUUUUAAUAUCAAAUCUAAUUAUAUAAUCAAUCGUUGGUGUGGUGAUCAUCAUGAAUCAGAUUUUAUUAAUACAUUGAAUAUAACAAGUAAAACAACUUUAAUUCAACCAGCAUCAACUAAAUUACUAACAACAUUUCUAAUAACAAUAAAAACUGGUAUUCGAACAAUAACAAAUCCAAUGUUAACACCUUCAAUUUAUGUUUUUUUUGCUGGUCAAUUUGGAAGUUCACCUACUAUUCAUUUAAAUGAACUUACUGAUCGAAUAGAUUUAUUUCAAUCAUUAGAAAUUGAUGAAUUUACAUUUACAAUACCUGAUACAGGCAUGCCGGAUAUCAUGCGUAUUUGGAAUACAGAAGAUCUUGCUCCAUGGACAUGUGAAUAUAUUGAUAUUAAAAAUAUAAAUAAUUCAAAAACAGUUCAUUUUCCAAUGGGUGUUGAUCUACAAAAAAUUGAUUCAUUAUUUCCAUCAUAUAUUGAUCUUGAAGUUGAUAUUGGUCGUGUAACACUUUCAUUACCAGGACCACGUGAUGAUGCUGCAUAUCCAUCAUAUCAAUUAAUUAUUCGAACGAAUGAAGAAACAAAUAUUAAAGAUAGUCUUGUUAAUAUUCAAAUAAAAGGUGAUAAAAAUCAAUCAAAAUUAAUUUCAUUAAUUGAAAAUGAUAAUGAUUAUUCAUUUGAAGCUGAAAAAAUUUCAAAAUUUUUUCUCUAUGGUAUUUGUUCUCUAGGAGAAUUAAAAGAAAUUUCAAUUUAUUUUAAUGAAAAUCAUCAAAAUACAAAAUGGAUAUGUGAAUAUAUAAUUAUUUAUGAUUAUUUAAAUAAUCAAUAUUAUGGUACUAAAAUAAAUAAUAAUGUAACUUAUGGCAAAUAUAAAUUAGGCAUAAUUAAAAAUAUGGAUCCCAAUAUUUUAAAUCCAAUCUAUAGAAUAUUAUAUAGAACUCAAACAAAUGUAUUAACAAAUAUAACACGAAAUGCUGAAAUUUUAAUACGAUUAAUUGGUGAUGAAUCGACAUCAUUUUUUCCUCUUGAACAUCAUCGUCCAUUAAUAUUUGGAUCUAUUAAUGAAUCUUUCUAUCGAGGAAAUGAAUAUAUUAAUGGAUUAAAUAAAAUAGAUCUUCAAUUACUUGAUAAUGAUAAUACUCAAUGGGCUUGUGAAUCUAUUGAAAUUCAAAAUUUAUCAACCGAUGAUAUUGUUAUAUUUCCAAUAAAUGAUAUUAUUGAAGCAACAAUAAAAACAGAUAUAACAAAUAAAAAAAUAACAACAUGGAAAUCUGGUUUUAAAUCUGGUAUUGUUUAUUUUAUUCGAGUUCGAACAGGAUAUCAAGGUGCUUCAUUAAAUUUUCGUUUUGGUUCGGUAUAUUUAUUAUUAAAACUAUAUGGUGAUUCAGGUGUAUCAAAUGAAAUACCAUUACGUAUUCCAUUAGAACAAUUAUAUUAUCUUAAAUGUAAUCAAACAGAUACAUUUGAAAUAGGACAAAUGAUAUCUGUUGUUGGUCAAAUAACUUCAAUUGAUAUAUAUCAUAAUGGAAAAAAAGAAGAUUUUUGGCAUAUUAAUUGGAUUAAUAUAAUAGAUGUAACAACAAAUAAAUCAUUUCAUUUUACAAUUGAAAAAUAUUUAAAUAAAGACUUAGGAACGAAUUCAAAAGUUUUACAUAUUCCAGCAGAUGUAUCAAUAAGAAAAUCAGAAAAUGGAUUUGAUUCCAUUCCCAACUAUGCAAUACGUAUUAAAACUGGUACACAAACACCUUUACAUACGGAAGAAACUAAUGAAUUAUCUGCCGUAUCAAUAGUAUUAAUUGAUCCUGUGAAUGAUUCUGCUCGUAUACCAUUAAAACGAAUAAAUAAUUCCGUACGGUCAAUAUUUCAACCUGGUCAAGAAGAUCGAUUUGAUAUUAGUAUUACACCAAUGUUAGAAUUAAAAGUAUUACAAAUAUAUUUUAAUGGUACAUUCCCUUGGUUUUGUGAACGAAUAACUAUUACUGAUCAAAUUAGUGGUUUAUCCUAUCGAUUUGAUGUUGAACAAUGGUUUACAGAAAAUAUAUAUGAUAAUCCAGUGAAUAUUUUUGGACAACGUGAAGAUGAUAUUGGUUGGAUUUAUUCUGUGACAAUAAAAACUCAAGCUGUUCUACCAGUACAAACAAGUUUACGAGGAAAAAUUUUAUUAUCAAUUUUUGGUGAACAUUCUUCAUUAAAUGAUGCUAUAUUGGGUUCAGGACGAUUAAUGCAUGGAUUAUUUCAUGCUGGAGGAGAAGAUAUUAUUGAACUUAAAAGUAACAAACGACUCGGAGAAAUUAAUUCAAUUGAAUUACGUCUUGAAGUCGCUGAAUGGCAAUCAUGGUUAUGUGAUACGAUUGAAAUUAUUGAUUCAACUUCUGCUUGGGAUUUUUUAUCACGCACGAUGAUAACCAAAACUUAUAAAUUUCCAAUAAAUCGUUGGCUUGGUCCACAUGCUAUGGAUAAACGAACUGUUAUUCGUUCAUUAAUAAAUCAAGAACCUGGUUAUGCUAAAAUGCCAACAUAUAUAAUUCAGAUAUUAACUGGUACUAAAAAUAUGAAUAAUGAAUCUGAUAUUUCAAUUAAUGUUUAUUUACAAUUAUUUUGUACAAUAUCAAAUAAUGUCUAUGGACCUAUUCUAUUAGAUAAAUCAUCAAAUAAUACACAACCAUUUCGUAAAGGUCAAAUAGAUGAAUUUUAUAUAAAUGAUUUAUCUUAUUGUGGUGAAAUUAAAAAAAUUCGUCUAUGGCAUGACGGUGGUAAAACAAUCUCAUGGCAUUGUGAAUGGAUUAAAAUAACCAAUGUACAUAAGAAUGAAAUCUAUGAAUUUUCAGUUGAAAAAAUUUUAGAUGAAGACUUAGAAGAAGGUUCAAGUAAUUUAAUUUUAUAUAGUGAAAAAAAAGAUGAAAUGAAUGAAAGUGAACUUGCUACACCACAAUCAAUAAUUUCGUAA